CAGAUAUAUAUACGCGUACGUUUGUACUUUGUACUAUUCGAAAUCUGAAAGAUCUCAUUGUACUUUUGGGAUCGAUACCAUACAACAAGGGAGAAAUCAGCCACAGACAUUCCGACAACCUGUACCUAUUCUGCCAUUCUUCGUAUCCCAGACCCAAAUAGUACACGAAGAACGAAGAGGAAUACCACAGUCUUUGAUGUACCGUUUACGAAUAGCGGGACAUCUCUGGGCAUAAUCAUCUAUUGGUCAGACUGGCAUACUGUGUAGUUUUAUAGCUUUGAGAGUCUGAGCCGCGACUGCAUAAUACCGUCCGUUCCGAUGAUCCGAAGACCUCAUACUAAGUCACGGAGUGGUUGUCAUAAUUGUAAAAAAAGACGGAUCAAGGUAUGAUUGCAGCAUUCAAAAAUCCACCGCCCCCCCAGAUCCCACCUCCGAAGCUCUUCCACAGAAAUAAACAUGGCAUUUCUCCCUGCUCUAUUUCAAUCACUGACAUCUUGUUUUACCUCGAAGUGUGACGAGGAAAAACCAAGCUGUCAGAAAUGUACCUCACGUGAGGUUGUGUGUACUUACCCAAGGCUAAGGCCUUUGAUCUGGGUUGAUGGUAUCCCAUCUACGACUGAAGCUGGCAAAGAAGGACUAAAAGACAGCAAUGACUCUUCCCCUCCCUCACAUAGCUCAACUCCUCGAAAUGAGGAAAUUUCCAACACGAAAACCCCAUCUCUUAAUCUCGAAAAUAUAGACCUCAUCAUUCAUUGGUUCACAAAAACAGUCCAUACAGUUAAUCCAACCUCCAAUCCGGCUGCUCUCAAAACGGCUCAGACUCUCAUCUUGAGCGAAGCAAUGCAGCAUCACUUCCUCCUUCAUGGACUACUUGCACUUUCCGCACUCCAUUACGCGGAAUCUCAUGCAAAUCCCCAGAAAUAUAUUGAAAUUGCCACCGCACAUCACACUCAAGGACUCAAUCUCUAUCAUUCCGCUCUUUCCAACAUGAGCAAACAGAACGACACAGCUUGUAUUGCCUUCUCGAGCAUCACUGCCAUGUUCGCUUUUGGUGUCUCGCGGCCGAAUUCGAUGAAAUUGGUAUCAACGGAAUUAAUUGACGACUUUGCUCAAGUUUUUGAUCUGUGUAGGGGAUGGCGCACAAUCAUGAAUGUGAGAAGGCCAUUGAAGUUUCCUCUUGCAGAAGUCACAGACGUCACUUUAUCAACAGAUGCCGAAGCUGCUUUUGAUCGAUUGUAUGCUUCGAAUCAAGGCCAAAUGACAACCAUAUACGAGCAAGCGAUUUCUUCUCUAAAAGCUGCGUUCAAGAAGAUGGAAGGAGAAAACGAUAAUCCUCAUCUAGCCUUAGAAUGGGGAAACGUCGUAUCAGAAGAAUUUGUGAAUUUAAUCAAGGCACGAGAUCGUUUUGCUUUGGUCAUUGUAGGGUUCUAUUGUGUGAUUUUUAACAAAGUGCCCCAGGUAUGGUGGAUCAAUGGUUGGAGUAGGGCACUCUUUGAUGUUGUUUGGAGGGAGGUUGAUCAUUCUUAUCAUGAGGUUUUGGAAUGGCCACGGGCGGCUGCUGGAUUUGAGAUAUAGGUAACCUAUUUGUUGGAGUUAAAAUGUUGAGUAUUGGGGAUCUAGAUACUGGGAAAUUAUGAAUUAUGACCAGGAAAUAAUAAAGGCAUUUGAUGUCAGUAGGUAUUUAUAACUGAUAAUAAUAAGCGGUAU